UAUCGUCAGAAUAAAUGUGUUAAAUACUACAAGGACGUGAAGAAUGUUGAAACCAUCUCCCGUUGUUUGCAUCUUACAGCCUUUGGGGGUUUUGGAGGUGUUGGUGGUUUGCGCGACGUUGCGGUUACAGUACCAGUAGCGGUAACCCCGGGUGACACGGUGACCCUGCAGUGCUCAUACGACCUGGAGGGCGACCCACUGUACACUGUCAAGUGGUACAAGGGUAGACAAGAAUUUUUUCGCUACGUCCCCAAGGAACUGCCUCAUACUCGGGUGUUCCCUUUACCCGGUGUUAACGUAGAUGUGAGUAAGUCCGGGGCGAACCAGGUGGUCCUCCGUGACGUGCCGAUAGAACUUGCUGGCAGGUACCGUUGCGAAGUGUCGGCCGACGCACCAACAUUCCACACAGAGAUUGUAGCCAGCCACAUGCACGUCGCCUAUCUACCUGAAGGAGAUCCAAAGCUGCAGAUGGAAAAGCGACGUUACGCGGUGGGCGACACCCUACGUGGGAACUGUUCCUCACCAGCUUCAAGCCCACCGACAAACCUCACCUGGAUCGUUAACGGAAAAAGGAUGAACGCAAGUUUCUGGAAGCAGGAUCGAGUCAGGAGUGACGACCCCCAGUCGCGAAAAGUUACGACGAUCGGCCUGGAGCUCGACAUGGACAGCAGUACGUUUCAGUACGGCAAACUGCGGGUUCAGUGUGUGGCCACCAUGUUCCAAUUGUACCGCCAAGAGGCAGACGCCGUUCUCGAGGAGGAGAGACCGCGCCUUGCGUCCGUGCUCGGUACGCGCGAGUCCUCUCUUGGGUCAGCAACGCAAUGGAAAGGAAUAUGGUGGCUCCUGCCUGCUCUGGCGCUACUCUUGUUCCUCACCAGGUAGCAGGACUUCCAAAUUUUCUCUGCACCCAUCUGUUGCUAAAUGAUUUACCGGAAGUCGAUCAAGGUUAGCCCAUUCAGAAGAUACACACUACUGCAUAAAUUGAUGGGAUUGUCGUCAAAGUAACGUCAAGAUUGAAUAGAAAGUGUACUUCCACGUUGUUCGUUACCAUGGUGAAUAAGUGUAAGGAGGAGCGUUUAUGUUUCAUUUUGGGCACCGUAAACUACCUUGCAUAGAUACUGGUGCAUAGAAACCUGUUUUUUUUAAAUUCCUCAAAUACUGAAUUAUAAUCAUACUAUAUAUGUCAGGAAGACGUUCAUUUAGACAUUCUUGUUGUCUCUCCAGUAGUCUUUUAAACACCCAGUUUACAUUCAUAAAUCUUACUUAAUUUUUAUUUUUAUGUUCCAAAAUCGCAUUUUCCUUUCGUUUGACAUCUGCACAAAAACAAAGAGGUAAAUAGGUAAUAUGUUGGUGUUUUCUUGAAGAGAUGUGUCCAUUACAUAUUCCUGAAGCUGUGACGUGUUAUUGAUAUCUAAAUUCGUUUUUUCGCCAUUAAUUUAUACGUCAAGCCCUACAAAUUUCUUUCGUGUUACAAAAACUCACACCACAUUUUGAUGUACGUUUCAGGGCCCUGAAAUUAAAUAUUGCCAUACGUUUGCGUUCUUAUAUAUGAAAGAGUCUGACGGAAGAUAGAGUUUUGGUAAUGGUACAUGUAAACGUAACUAAUAUCACACAAAUUCAUUCUUGGAUUCAUCUUUCACAUCUUCUGCAUACUUCUUUGUUACAUGGGCUCUCUUUCCUGUUGGUUACGUGAUUAUAAUAAAUACUAACUUGAAACUUAUUUAUGACAAAUGUUGAAUAAUUUUAAUAUCGUCUGUUGUAUUCUUUAUCUUUUAAGUCAUCGUAAGAAAAUGUUAUUCUGGCUUGCUGUGGACUAAUAAUAAUUACGCUAACGAAGUAAUGGGCAUUGCAUGUUAAUACUGUAUUAUUUAUAAUAAAAAGUUUUGAUUAAGGCUACGAAGCUGAAGCUUAUAUAAAUACAGUAAAACC